AUGGAAAUAUUUUUAUUGUCAAUCAGUGAAUACUUUCUAGGCAAUGUAAUCUUAUUAAUUAUUACCAUUGCAAAAUUGCUUCUAACAGUAAAAAACAAACCAAAAUAUCAAGCAAUCAUGACCUUAUUCAAUAGUUUUUCGUAUUUGGGAUCUGAUGAUUUAUCUGUAGAAGUUCAUAGUGAUAAUUCUUAUGGUGAUCCCAUUCUAUACAAUCCAGUGCUCGAUGAUGCAUUUUUGGAUUUAUUAAAUUCUGAUUCAAUAUUGGUCGAGAAUAUUGUUGGCACUUGCGAAUCGGAGGAUCUAGCCGAGUCAAUGAAUCAACCGGUUGAACCUAAUGAAUUUGAUAAAUAUUUUGGACCAAUACUUGCAUUAAAUCCAAUUUUUGAUAGUUAUCAGGAUUUGCUCGUCAUCGAUGAUUUAUCAGUUUAUAAUAUUGGCAAAAAUAAAAAGGUGAAAUCAAACAAGCCAAUUUUCCUUUCAUCAUCCGUUGAUGUAGGCAUACCAAAAACCUUAUUGCAAUCAUCUCAUAAAAUUGAAUUGGUUAAUGAGUUAGAAGAAACAUUUCGACCACGGUAUAAAAGUGAUUAUUUUGCUCAAAAUGGUAAAACACGAAAACCAAGAUAUGUAGCCGAUCGUCGUGGCAAUCAUUUCAUUACACUCAGAGUGCCGCCCGGUAUUCGUGGUAGGAUUCGAGUUGAUUGGCUCACAAUUCCUACUGAAAAUGGUGAUAUAUAUACUAUGCCAUAUCAAUUUCAAGCUAACAAUGAUUCAUCUGAAACACCCGAUUGUAAUCCUAUUUUUGAAGACAUCAACGCUGAUUCUUCGGGGACCAUGAAACUUUAUUUAGUAUUAAUUAAAGCAAAACAAGAUGCAUUAAAAUCACUUCAACCGCUUAAACCAUUCCAUCCGUUCCAAGAUGCUUUAGGAAAAAUCGAUGAACAAACUCCAGAAAAACAGUUGAAAUUAACACCAAAAAAAUUAAUACAAAAAUUUCAGCUUGGUAAAUCACAAUUGGCAUUUACAUUAUGUACACUAAGUGCAGAUGGUACAUCAUAUAAAACUGAAUGGGAUACAACAGUGUAUUCCACAAUUUUGAAAGAAGACACUGCUGAUGCUUCAAUAGAGAAAACUGUUGCUUGUCCACACUGUUCAUUUCCAGUAAAUAUCAAUGAUGAUUGCGUUACAGAUCAAGAAACAACAAAUAAACGAAAAAAUUUGCAAAGCAAAACUGGAAAAUCGAAGACAAUAAAGAAACAAAAAUGCCUAACCGACAUAACUUAUUGUAUUGAUUAA